AUGCAAUCCCCAGAGCUGUUCUACCAUACUGUCUGUAAUCCAGACAGUCCAGUUGCACACCCUGGUAUAGGGUACUUUAAAGAACCUGAUCUUUUCUGCAGUGGAUUCACCGGAGCUCACAUCAGGAAGCGCAACCCCCCAGAGUUCCAUGUAGCGUUCCAGCUCUCUUUCCCACCAGCUGACCUGAAAUGGGAAGAAGCAAGGAUGAAGGGGACAUACAAUAGGGAGAGGAGAGGAGGCCAACCCAUGAGAUAUGGGGAUGAGAGAGAGCAAGGGUUGAUAGAGUACAAAAAUGGUGCUAGGGGUUGGAAGUGGCAUUCGUUUCAUGCUGCCUGGUGGGAAUUCAUCCAGAGAUUCGACUAUACUGGUGGCAAUCGUAUUAGGGAGAAGGUCUGGAAGAAUGUGUACUCCAAACUUGUUUGGGCACCCUAUUCUGACCUUUCACGAAUGUGGUACACAACAUCCAACGCCAAAAGUGCAGAGACCUUCCCUGCAGAUAUGGCAGGUCAAAGGCAUCCCAUAAUCAUUCUCAAUCCUUUGAUCGAUGAUAAGGCUAUGUGGGAUGGAUCUUUGAUUAGGAGGAGGGAAUGGGUGUCACCGACCCUAGAGUGGGAGAGCCACUCUGGCCUUGGGGCCCCAGGGAAGCAAGACAGGGGCCAGCUGGAUCGUAGUGGGGUCCCAAAACUCGGCUAA